AGUGGCCAGCGCACCCGCGGACUGGUUUGAGCAAAGGGCAGGAGUUGGUGUGGGUCUUCGACCCUCCAUACCCGGUUUAGCCGUCCUGCUCGCCUUCUCAGGGCGGCCCAUGGUCCCCUUCUAGUGCGCAAGAGCGAGACACAUCUUAUUGGGGAGAAUAGAUGCGCUGAAUGACCGUAUGAGUUUUACUCCUCGUUCUAAAAACUUUUUGAUUUGACGCAGUCCUAUUUGCAGGACCCCCGUCCAAGAUUAUAAAUAUUAAUGCCCUCCGCCCUUCAUUGAUGGCUCAGGACACGACUAUAUAGCGCUGCAUUCCUCUGGUCAGCAGCUGGGCCUCCUGUUUUAUCUUUAACAGUGUCAAAAAUGUUCAUUCAAAACGUCCACGCCGAAACCAACCCGGCUGUCCUCCAGUCAUUCAUCCACGAGAACCCACUAGGACUGCUUAUCACCGGGAUAAGAUCCUCUUCCGAACAGUUUCUCCAAUGUACACACGUCCCCUUCAUCCUGGAUCCGCCCGAGACUUGUUCCAAGCCCACACCACACGGUCUUCUCCGCGCGCACAUUGCGAAACAAAACCCACAAGUCAAGGCCAUGAUCGAGGAUCUGGCGGAGAAACCCGACGUCCUAAAGCUAGGAGAUGACGUGUUGGUAGUCUUCACGGCCAACCACCACCACUACGUGACCCCCAAAUACUAUGUCGAGACAAAACCAGACACCGGCAAAGUCGUGCCGACGUGGAACUACGCCGCGGUCCAGGUCUACGGGAAGCUCUCCCUGCACUACGACUCGCAUAGCCCCGAAGCCGGCGCAUUUCUCGCAAAGCAAAUCUCCGACCUUUCGGCGCACACGGAGUCCUCAAUCAUGGGUUAUACUGGCGGCGAUCGGCCGCGGCCUUGGGCGGUUGAGGAUGCGCCAGGAAAAUAUAUCGAUAUCUUGAAACGGAAUAUCGUCGGAGUGGAGAUCCGUAUUGAGCAGAUCCAGGGAAAAUUCAAGAUGAGCCAGGAGAUGCGGCCGGGGGAUCGGGAGGGCGUAGCGGCAGGGUUCGCACGCUUGGGCGGGGAUCUUGGGGCGGCGAUGUCGACCUCGGUUAGGGAGAGGGGUGCUUUUCAUGAUGAAAAGAAGCGGCUAGGGUAGCCAUGGCUGAGGUCAUCGUGUCUUGUGUAUUUGCCCUCCAGACGAAGGCGCAUUCCUUGUUUGUGAGACAGUAGGUGUGGUCAAAGCUCAAAAUCUACAAAGGAUCAUCGGCCGAUAUGUUUUUGAUAUUCCUCUAUUCUUGAAUGACAGCGUGGGAACACCUCGGUAUUCUGCAUAUAAGAGUCAACUCGCCAAUAUUCUAGAACUCCGCGGCCUGGUUAGGGAGCUUUUCAGCGGAU